AUGGAGAAAUAUGAGCGAGUAGAGAAGCCUCGCCCUGAGGUCCCUAUUAUGGAUAACGAGAUUCGCAUAGGUACCCGGGGGAUGCCUAGGAAGUAUGUUACACAUGCAAUAACUUUACUCACAGAGAGAGGUGCAUCUACAGUUGUGUUGAAGGCAUUGGGAAACGCAAUUAGUAAGGCAGUAACAGUUGCAGAGAUCGUUAAGAGGAGGAUUCCAAAUCUUCACCACAACACAACAAUUAGCUCUGAUCCUGUAACAUAUACUUGGGAGCCUGUUGAGGAAGGUCUUUUGCCUUUGGAAACAGUGAGGCACGUAUCCAUGAUAACAAUAACUUUGUCCACAACGAAACUGGACACAUCAUCUACUGGUUAUGGACCAUCACUUCCAGUUGUUCAACUUAAACCUAUACUUGAAUAUGAAAAUGAGGGAGAGAAUUCUCAAUUCGUGUCGGGCAGAGGUCGUGCUCGUGGGAGGGGCGGUAGGGGUGGAUCCAGUGGCAAUGCACAAAAUGGCAAUGGUGAUUUUAAUGACAAUGGCAAGGGAGCUCAUGGCAGUAGCAGGUUUGGUUAUGAUGGUAAUUAUAAUGACAAUGGCUUUCGUAGAGGCCAAAGUCGUGGUGAAGGUAGAAUUGGUUGUAAUGGUGAAGAUGGAGGGGAAGUAGCUUCUCGAGGCAGAGGGCGUGGCCGGGGGGGGGGGGCACGAGGAAGGGGCGGCAGGAAUUAA